AUUGUCGUUAGAUAUAUAUAUAGUAGAUAGAUAUUCAUGGCGGCAGCGGCGGAGGAUCAACAGCCUCUGAACUACGUAGAUGAGGUUGUCCUGAAGAAGAGGAGGAACAAUGAGGAGUGGGCAAUUCGAAGGAAGCUUCAGCUGGAGCAAAAAGUAAGGAAGCUCAAGUCCGAUAGCUUCGUCAUCAAGAAGCCCGAACAGUUCAUCAGAGAAUUCCGUGAUAAGGAGCUUGACCUUGUACGACUGAAACAAAGGAGUAGUAAGAAUAGAAGACGAGUAUCAGUGCCGCCAACUUCCAAACUCCUAUUCGUCAUACGUAUUGGAGGGAAGAAUGAUAUGCAUCCAAAAACUCGAAAACUUUUAUACUCAUUGAGGCUGAGGAGAGUAUUCAAUGGGGUAUUUCUGAAGGCUAAUGAAAGAACAAUGGGAAUUCUGCAAAAGGUGGAGCCUUACAUUGCAUAUGGGUAUCCUAAUCUCAAGAGCGUGAAGGAUCUGAUUUGCAAAAAAGGGACCGGCAAAGUUGACAAGCAAAGGGUGCCUUUGACAGAUAAUAACAUCAUUGAACAGGCAUUGGGUAAGAGUGGCAUAAUAUGCUUAGAAGACAUUAUCCAUGAGAUUGCUAAUGUCGGUCCACACUUCAAGGAUGUAAGUGGCUUUCUUUGCCCCUUCGCUCUCAACAAGCCAGAAAAAGCAUUGCAGGGCAAGAAAAAACGAUACGCAGAUGGGGGAGACUCUGGAAAUCGCGAAGAUCAUAUCAAUGAGUUGAUCAGUUUGAUGAAUUAGUAUAAGCAAGAGUGAUCUUGUAUGAGCUAUCAAUUUUGUUGGAAGGAAUGUGUUCAUGUUUCGUAGUUACUGGAUAAAUGUACGAAGUUAAAAUUUA